AUGACUCAGAUUUCCCUAAAAUUCUCAAUUUUAACCAUUUUUCUAAUUUUAAAUUCAUUUUUCCUUGCAUUUGGCUCUUUUAAUGUCCUCGACGGGCAACCUUCUGAACUACUUGCGUUUGCCCAAGUCCCGCCAAUUUUGCCCCAAAAUUCACAAAAAUCCCCCAACCUCCAAUCAAAUAAACAAUUAAAUAAUGAAAAUUCUUUAAUUUCCGAAAAUUCUGAGGGUACUGAAAGACAAUUUGUCCCGUUGGUAGUAAAUGGACACCGACUGGUUAAUAAUCCGAAAAAUCCAAUUUUUGCUAAAGUUGUUCUAAAUAAUCAGUCAAAAGUUAAUGAGAUUGCAAAACAGGACGACGAUCAACGAACAAAUAUGUAA